UCAAAAAGAUAUUGUUCACCAGCUGUGACUCAGUAGCACCAGAUUACUUCAAACUGUGAGGCACAAAGGACUGUAAACAACUGAAUUUGAGGUAACAGACAGAGGACCUCGAUCACAGAACAUACCAUAAUGGAAACAACGACUUCCCUUUUCAGGUCAGUGUCUCGGCGGGUUUGGUCGCCCCCUCAGCGUCCGUUCAGAGUGUGUUCCUGGAACAGAGAGGUCAAAAAAGGAAUCACUGCAGGAACCCUAGAGGAGCUCAAAGAGAAGGCAGCUCAGGCUCUCUUUAUAACUACUGUGCUGAUUUUGGUGUGUGAAGAAGAUGGGACAGAGGUUGACUCUGAUGAGUUCCUCAUAACCCUGCCGGACAACACCAUUUUCAUGGCCCUGAAACCUGGAGACAUCUGGAAACCUCAUCCUUUACUUCAAAGGGGUGGUAACAAACCAGGUCAUAAUAAGCCAAGGACAGGAAAAGACAUUGCUCAGAUCACCUUUGAUCUUUACCGUACGCACCCCAAAGACGUGUUCGGCUCACUGAAUGUGAAAGCCACAUUUAAAGGGCUUUACUCUGUCAGUGCAGAUUUUCAAUGCUUGGGACCAAAAAAAGUGCUGAGGGAGGCCCUCAAAUUCAUGUCCAGUCUCCUCCAUGCUGCUGGACACUUGCUGAUCACUUCUGCUUCUGUAAUUCGCCGCAUCAUCCAAGGGGCAGAUCUUCUUCAAGGCCAACAAGCCCAACCUGUCGAGUAUUGGGAAUAACUUGAGAAAAGACAUGAAUCUGAUAUCACUAAGAAUGUAACUUAGAGAUUUUUUUUUUUUUUUGAGACUUUUGAGAUUUAUAUG